UCAGUCACACACACACACACACACACACACAGUCGGGUCUCAGCAGGGCAAGUGGCUGGUCCCUCGUCUAAUCUUUCUCCUCAUUUAUCACAAUUUUUCUAACUAUUCCCGCAUUCACCGCCGCGCCGCGAAGGGGAGUGAAAAGAGAAACAACUCUGAAGCAUUUGAGGGAAGUGUCAAGUGUGGCAAAGAAGUGGAAGGGAGAAAAAUAAGUGAUUGUAAGAGAGAGGUGCAGAGAAAGAGGUAGAGAGGGAGUGGCUGUUUAACUUCCAUGAAAAAGGGAUUUGUCAUGCAUGUGUUUGUGUCUCCUGUUGCCUCCUCGCUCCCUCCUUUCUCUCCACUCUAAGGAGAAGAUAAGGAAGGAAAGGAAAAGUGGAGGGAUAAGUGGAGAGGGAGGAGGUGGUGGAAGUGGUGUUGGUGGAGUCUGCGCAAUCAAAAUGGACGGCUUCCGAAGAAGAUGAUGCCAGAUGAGCGACAAUCAACAAUGGGGGAGAGAGGAGGGGGAGGAGGAGGAGGGGGAGGAGGUGAAGACGAAGAAUCGGGAGGAGGAGGAGGAGGAGGAGGAGGCGGCAUAACAGCAACAAUAAUGGAGGUAAAGUCACAGAAGGGGCAGGUGAGCGUCGUGGACCACUCCCCCCUCCCCCCCCCGCCCCCCGAGAACAGGUGUAACGGCGCCCCCCCUUACCUGAACGGGCUGAGGGAGGAGGAGGAGGAGGGAGAGGAAGAGGGAGGAGGAGGAGGAGGAGGAGAAGUGAGGGAUUGUGUUGUGUUAACGUGUGUCAAUGGGGAAGGAGGAGGAGGAGGAGGAGGGGGAGGAAAUGAGGAUCGAAGAGGAGGAUAUGGAGAAGGAGAGACAGGAGGAGGAGGAGAAGAGACACUGGAGAGCAUUAACUCCACUUUCUCCUCCACUUAUAUAUCCUCCUCCUCAUACUCCUCCUCCUCCUCCUCCACCUCCUCCUCCGCCUUCCAGUUUGAGAAGGAAAGUUUGUACUCCCAAGAAGAUGAACUUUACACGCUGGAGGAGGAGGAAGAUGGAGGAGGAGGAGGAGGAGGAGGAGGAGGAGGAGGAGGAGGGGGGUACAUGGAGGAGAACCCCUUCAACUUCGACCUUCAAUCCGCGCACUUCGUCCUCGAUCGCUCCGAGUUACAAAUAGGACCCAAAUCCGUGUACAACUUCGCCCCCCAGCCGUCCCCAGGGUGCGGCGCCCCCCACCCCCACCCAGGCGACACCCCCCACCCCCCACACCCCCCAGGCGUCCACGUGUCCCACUCCGCUCCAGACGUGGCCCGGGGGGGGAAAGGGGAGGACGUGACACACUCCACCAGCUCCACCUCACUCCACAUCAGCAUCCACACCCCCCCAGUCCACCCCAUCCCCCAGCAGCCCCCCGGCCACCCACACCCCCCGGGACACAACCCCCUGCACCAAACUCAGUCCGCCCCAGGGGUCUCACCAACGCCCCAUGUAUCCCCGCUCCCCCGGCCUGGCUCCCGCCCCGCCCGAUCCCCAGUGGUUCCCCCGCCCCCCCAGCCCCCCAGCCGCAACGUCACCACCCUGGGUAUGCCCCCCUCAGCCCCCACUACCCCCGGCACCAUCAACAUCACGGAAGGGGGCAGUAUGGUGAUGGGGACCCAGAUUGUGAUUCAUUCCUCAUGCCCCAAUGCCCAUACGCACAACGAUAGGGGAGGCGACCCAGCAGCCGGCACUCCCAACCCAAACACAACCACCACCACUACACCCAACCCCACCAACACCACUACCACCCCAAGCGACCCCUCCACCACUCCCACCACCACCUCCUCCACCAGCACCGCCCUCGCCUCGCUGCUGACGGAGGUGCGGGAGAAGCUAUCGACGGUGUACAUCAGACAGACUAAGACCUCCUUCGUGCCGUGGCUGAAAGGGCACCAAGUGAUUCCCAUGACGGAGUUUUACACGGAGUCGAGGAUCAUCUCCGUCGACAAACAGGGCCGGCAGACGAGCAAGAGCGUGGACCUGGUGCAUAACUUGGUGAAGGAGGAGGAGACGCGUUACCUGGUGGAGGGGGAGCCUGGGAUGGGGAAGACGCUGCUGGCCCUUAAGCUGGCCAUUGACUGGGCUAACAAGAAGGCGCUGCAGGAGUUUAAGUUCGUGUUCCUCAUCUUCCUGCGGGACUUCAAGGGCAGCCUGGAGCAGUACGUGAGGGAGGAGCUGCUGCCCUCGCACUUUCAGGAGAAGUUCCGGCAGGUGUGGGAUUACUGCAAGGAGCACGAGGAGGAGGUGCUGUUCAUCCUGGACGGCUACGACGAGCUGCAGCCACAGGACGAGGGCGACAUCCGCAAGCUGCUGCACAACCACCAGGACUUCCAGAACAGCAAGGUGGUGGUGACGGCGCGGCCCGACGUGCUCAAGACCAACACGGAGCGCACGGUGGUCAAGGGCUUCAACGAGGCGCAGAUGCUGGAGUUCAUCACCAAGUACUUCCACCUGGUCAACGAGGACGAGCACGGCCGCUGCCUCAAGAAGAUCAUGGAGAAGGACGCCAAGUACCGCAAGCUGGCGGAGCGGCCGCUCUUCUGCGUGCUGCUUUGCAUGCUGUACGGCUCGGCGGGCGUCACCAAGCUGCCCGACCGCCUCUCUGACAUGAUGUUCAAGAUCAUGCUCUGCCUCAUCAAGUGGAACAUCAAGAAGGUGGAGCUGCAGGUGGAUGAGAACACGGACGCCUUCCCGCCGCAGUACGAGCGCGUCUUCCUCAGCUUCGGGCGGCUGUGCCUGGACGCGCUGCACACGGAGAAGACGCGCUUCAGCGACAAGGAGAUCAAGGAGGUUGAGAACUCCGGGCUGCUGCUGCACCUCGGCUUUCUCACCAACGACAGCGAGAACCACGUCCUGGGCCACAAGAAGUUCUGGAAGCCCGUGCACAAGAUCUUCCUGGAGUACCUGGCGGGGCUGUACAUGGCGCACCACCUCGCCGCGCACCCCCGCGGGCCCUGCAAGCAGUGCCGCGGCUUCUCGGCCGUGUACCGCCACGAGCACGUGCUCAAGUUCGUGGUGGGCAUCCUAGACAAGAACGCCCACCUGGCGCUGGACUACCGCCGCCUGCAGGCCCCUCUGCACAUGAAGGACCAGCAGCUGCUCAUGCUGCUGCGCGAGACCGAGGCCACGCGAGACAACUGCCGCGCCGUGGCCCGCCUGCUGGACCGCCGCACGGCCGUGGUCUAUACCAGUGACGUGGACUUCGAGGGCUGGAGCGCCAUCCUGGCCCAGAACUUCAAGCACCUGCGCUCGCUGGAGAUCGUGUGGCGCAUCAAGAGCAACAACCCUGACCAGGAGAGCUCCUUCAACGAGGCCUCGCCGGAGCUGUACCGCGACUUCUUCACCGCCCUGCGCUCCAACGCCAGCAUCACCCGGAUCAGCGUGCGCGCCAUGCAGGACGGCGAGCCCUUCUCCGACGCCAAGAUUGAGCUCUUCUUCUCCCACCUGCAGAACGUGCUCACCAAGGACAGCCUCAAGGAGCUGGAGAUCAAGGAGCUCAACAUGGUGGCCUCGGAGCCGCUCAGACGGGCAGUGGAGCGCGCCACUUGCAACAUGGACCGGAAGGCGCUGGAGUCCCUUGAGAAGCUACACCUGGACAUGUACCUCCGCGAUGAAGACCUGAACGUGAUCUGCGACCGUCUGAAGCGCUGUGCCACGAGUCUGCGCGAACUGCAGCUGACCCGCCUGGAACACGGCUCGGCGGGCUUCCGGAGUCUGGUGGAACUCCUGCGGAAGAACAAGAACCUUCACACCCUUUGCAUCUCUAUGAACAAGGAGCAGCUGAUGUACGGUUCGGGCACCUUCAUGACGCCCUCGGACCUCCACGCCGGGCAGGUCCACAUGCCUCGUCACGCCAACAAACGGAGCAAGGACGCCUUCAGACAGCAGGAGCAGAAGGCCAGCACCGUCCCCUCUCCACCACAGUACCCAACCCGCGAUCUGAGUUACCUGUUUGGCGACCAUCUCAACACAGGGGUCAGGCGCACGGUGGAGGCACGCGGCUACUACUUCGUCUGUGGAGAUGGUGAGAGCCGGCUGCCCCUUCCACUAUGCAUCAGCAGCCAGCACCAGUCUGUGUUCCACCAGCUGUUCAGUGCCGUGGCAGAGAGCAACCUCCAGCACCUGACCCUGGUCGACCCCUGCCUCUACCUCACCACCGCCGACCUGGUCUGCCUCGGGGAUGCCAUCAGGCGGACCAAACACCUCACCAUGCUCAAGUUGCCAGGGCUGAAGGCGGAGCAGUACAUGCCCAUCCUGCUGGGCCUGGGUCAGUCACAGUCGCUGCGCACGGUGAGGCUUGAGUCGCCGCGCGUCGUCAUCACCGACACCGCCUACCACCUGGCCUGCACCGCCCUCAGGCACAACAUGGCGCUGCGCUCUCUCUCCCUCGCCCACUGGGAGUUCAGUCUGCAGGACAAGGUCACCGCCAGACUCUACCUGAAGGACCUCCUGGCGUCAUGGCGGGUGGAGGAGUUGAACCUUAGCAACUGCACCAUUGACGUGGGCGCUGGCCUGCCCCCCUCACCCCCCCUCUUCCCGCCCAUCCUGCCGCCCAUCCACUCCCCGACGCAGCACUGGUCAGGCAUCAAGACCCUCAGACUAUCAGAGGUCAAGGUCAAGGAGUCGCCAGGCUUUCAACAGAGGGGUCACCUACUCCUGCCCAUUGUGCGCUGCUGCCCCAACCUCACCUCCCUGGACCUGUCGGCCGGCCACGCCCUCCGCGCCACGCUUGACGACCAAUCAGCUGUCGCCUUUUUUGAACUGCUCGGCGCCAACUUCAAGAAACUGCGCGAACUCACCCUCGGCAACUGGGACUUCCAAUUUGCCGAGUACGAGAAGACCUGCUCCAAGAUCGGGCAGGCCGCGCGCUCCUGCCAUGACCUGCGCGUGCUUAUGAUGGACAGGGUGCAGGAGACACGCUCGGGCCUGUCGCUAUCCCUGCCCUGCACCUACACCUUCCUGCACCAACUCGUCAGCAAUAUGCCCAGACUUUGCGAGCUGUCUCUUUGCUACUACAAGAUCGACGGCUUGGAGCUGGACGUGGACACUGCCUCGAGACUCGCCUCCUGCUUGCACGACCACUGGACCUCCUCGGCUAAGUUUAAACUGAAGGUGUUUGGUUUGUCCCCGCGCGUGGAGACGGCCAUUCAGGAGGCGCUGCGCAGGGAGGGGGUCAGCGUGAAGGUCAGUGAGGAGUACCCUAGGGUUUUCAGCGUGCGCCGUGGGUACUUCCUGCGUAGCUGAAAGUUCCGGGCGGCCGUGUCCUUACCAGCUCACUGAAGGAAGGAAGGAUGGAUAGGAUAGGAUAGGAAGGAAGGGUGGGGAGAGGAGAGAAAGGGACAGAAUGGAUGAUGGAGUUGAGGAAUGUGUGUGGAUAGGUGGAGAGGAUAAAGGAAGGAGGGAAGGAUAGAUGGAGAGAAUGAAGGAGAAAGAACAGAAUGAAUGGAUGGAUAGAAAAAUAGAACAGAUAAAGGAAGGAGGGAAGAGAGAGAGAAGAAGAAAGGAUAGAAUGAAUAUAUGGAAGCAUGGAAGAAUUGAUAGGAUAGAUAGAUGGGAUGGAAGGAAGGAAGAAAGAGAGGAAGAAAGCUUGGAUGAAUAGAACAAGGAUAAGAAGAAAUGAAGAUAGGAAGGAUAGGAGGGAGGAAUAGAGAGAAUGAAGGUGGAAGAAGGAAAAAAAAGAGGAAAAAUAGCGGAGGAAAAAAGACGAAAUAGAAGAUAGAAUUGAAGAAAAUGAGAGAAAGAAAGAAAAGGAAGGAAGGAGAGAACGAGAAGGAUAAAUGGGAGUGAAGAUAAAAUGAAGACAGGAACAGAGAAAGAGAGAAAGAAGGAAUAAAAGACAAAAAAGACAAAACAAGAGAUAGAUAGAUAGAAGGAAAGAAAGGAACGAAAAGGGUGAAUAGACAACUAGAUAAAGAUGAGAGAGAGAGAGAGAGAGAGAGAGAGAGAGAGAGAGAGAGAGAGAGAGAGAGAGAGAGAGA